CUUCCGGCAAAAACAAAUUCAAACAUUUCCGAGUUGAGCAGGAGUUGAGGACCGAAGAAGAUGGGAAAUUACCUUUCUAGGGGUGAGCCAGAAACUCCCGUUAGGAAGGGAAAGAAAAGGAAACUGCAAGAUGACACUAAUAUUGAACAGACUGAUAUAACAAUUGACUUAGAUACUCCAAAAAGGAAAAAACUGAAGUGUACUGCCAAGUACAUCUAUGAAACACUGUUUAUCAAUGGAGAGAAUAGCGAUAUUACAAUUGCAGCAUUAGGAAAAGAAUGGAAUCUACACAGGGUUUACAUACGCCAGUCUGGAUACUUUGCCAGCAUGUUCAGUGGCUCAUGGAUGGAGUCAACGCUUGAUAGAAUCACAAUGGACAUACCUGAUGAAAACAUUGAUGUACACGCUUUGGAGGUAGCCUUUGGCUCACUAUACAGAGAUGAUGUGAGUCUAGUUCCAGCACGUGUUACUAGUGUAUUAGCAGCUGCUAGUCUAUUACAACUGGAUGAUUUGGUUCAUCAAUGUGGGAACAUCAUGGAGGAAACUAUCAGUGCCAAGACAGUGAAUGCUUACUACACGGCUUCUGUUACAUAUGGACAGCAUAAUGCUGCCAAGAAAUGCAAGAUAUGGCUUGAGCGCAAUCUUUUAAAUAGCCCCAGUAUUACACUGCUUAGGAAAAUAAGCCCAGAGUUGAUGACGGCCACUGUGGGAUCCCCCAAUCUGUUUGUUAUGCAAGUAGAAAUGGAUGUCUACUCAAUACUAAAAAAGUGGAUGUUCCUACAUGUUGUACCCUCAUACAAAGGCAGUUCUAAACCUAUGCAUGAAGUUAUUAACAAGUACUUCAAAGAAGAAGUGAUGCUGAGUGAAUAUGAGAGUUUCCUAGAAACAGAGCAGGGGAAGAGCUUUUGUAGCACCUUCAAACAGAUCAGAUUUCAGCAUAUUAUUUCUGACCUCGACUCAGCUCAAAUCUUGGAGAAGGAUAACAUUGUGCCAAAAGCUUGGUUGAUGUCACUCUAUAGAACCCAGUGGAAGCAAAUGUUGAGGGUUGAACAUGGUAAAGAUUUGGGGCCACAGGAGGAAAUGAUCCCAGAAUUCCCAAGCAUAGCCAUGCGAUGUGGAAGGAUCUUACAGAAAGAUGGGUAUUACUGCUGGAGGUGGACUGGCCACAGUUAUGGUGUGGAUUUACUCAUAUCCUUCCACAACAAAUUGAUUAUCUUCAAACGCAAUGUAGAAAGCCAGAAUUCCACAGUUUCCGUCAGCCUGUGUAACAAACGCACAAUCCUCUACAAGCUGACCAUUGCCUCGCUCGACAAACAUGGGCAGGCUAGCUACAAGAAAUCUACGAAAGUAACAAAACUAUCGUUAGAAAAAGAUGAGGAACAAGUGGUAAUAGGUGUGGACCGUCAUGCAAAGUUCCCUCUACAUAUCAGUGUGAAUAUCCUUUCAUUUUCCCCCAGCCAAUCUUCUAUAGACUUAUACAAACACAAACACAUUCUACCAAUUGAUAGGUCCCCGAUGCUUAAAUCAAACAAUGACCGAUCCCCUUCAACAUUGAGACAGAAUACAAGCUUGCCAUCAAGUUGUGGUGACUCUGAAAAUCACGAGGAGAGUGAAGACAGUGUUGGGGAUAUGGAUGUAUUUCACUUAGCUCAAAAUGAGGAGUUGAAACAACAAAACGAAUCGGGAGAUCUGGAUAGUUCAUGAACCUUCACAAGCAACGAUCUAAGUCUUUGACAAGUCGUUCAAAAUUUGCAGUUCAAAAUGUGUUCAAACAUGAUAAAUAUUCUUUCUCUACAAUUAAGUUGUCAUAAUACAAAUGCUGUGUAUUUAUUGCAUUUGAAAAUAUAAAGAAACAAUUUUUACAACUACACCUGUGUGUUAUUUAUUUUAUCACAGACUAAAACUGUAUAAUCAUAUCUAACAGUUUAAAUGGAUAGAUAUACCAAGUACCUUAUUUGCUUUGAAUUAUGAUAUAAUUUCUUGGUUAUUCUUGGGUACAUAUGAAUGUACAGUGAAGCCAAUAGUGAUUUUUUGUUAAUGAUUUUUUUCCAUAGAAAAAUAUAAAUAAAACAUAGACAUGUGUUGCAGCAUUGCAUAAGCCACAAAAUACAAGUGAAUACGUUUGCAAAUAGUGAUAUAGGAUCACAUAAUAUCCAAAUCUUCAGAUUAAAGAUAAAAAGCAACCGAAAAAUCAAAAUUGUCAAUUUUUUGAAAAAAGUAAUAGAACUUGCAAAAUUGUGAUGAUAGGUCAAAACUAGAACAAAAACUACAACCUUGGUUAAACAUGAGUAAAUGUCUAAAGCUUUUCUUUUUGAAGGUAUGUAUUUUGGAUUAAGCUCUUUAUGCCUAUUUGCUAAUGCCUAUGGCAACUUACAAGCAUUGUGUAGUACUGGAGUAGCUCUACACCAGUUUUGGAAAAUCAGAGCUCAAAAAUUGAAAAAGGUCUUUCUGAAUUUUUCAAGGUCAAAUUUCAACUUUCUGUAAUUG